AUGGAAAACGUUGGUGGUAUUGAAGAUAUUAUAAUGAUGUGUGCUCCUAACGCACCAGAUCCAAAUUUCAAUAAAAAAAAAUCUGUUAAAAGGAGAAAAAAAGUCCAUGCUAAAGAAAAUGAAAAAGACCACGACUAUGACGACAUAAAUGUUAAUGAUGACGAAAUAGAUGAGGUUGUCGAUGUUGAAGAAGCUGGAACUAAAAAAAAUGAUUUAAAGAAAAAAAACGAUGAUGGUGAUGAAGAAAAAUACAAAGAGGAGGAGAAAGGUAAUGAUGAUAUGAAAGAAAAACGACAAAAAAGAAGAAAAAAGAAAGAUAAAAAGGAUAAGAAAGAAGAUGAAAAAGAUAAUAAUUUUAAUGAUGAGAAUUUAAAAUCCAAGAAGGAAAUUGAUUAUGGGACAAAUGAAAAAGUAAAGAAAAAUAAGAAAACUAAAGUAAAAGAAGAAGAAAAUGAUCAACCAAGGUGUACCAAAAGUGAUGGUGAAGAUGUUGAUAAACAAAAAAAAAGAGACGAAAAAGAUGAUGAUCAAUUUGGAAAAAAUAGAAGACGUCAUACUAUAGAUAAUGAAUUUAAAAAAGAAGAUUAUCCAAGAAAAAAAAGAAGUGAUGACGACAAUGAGGUUUCAAAAAGAAGGGACGUUGAUGAAAUAGAUAAAGUAAAAAAAAAAUCAGAUGAUGACAAUGAUAAAAAUAAAAAAAACAAUGAAGAUUACAAAGACAAAAAAGAUAGAAACACUGAAGGUGGUGAAAAAAAACGUAUGAUGAAGAAAGCAAAAAAUGUUGUUAAAGGAAAAAAUGAUGAUUUGAAGGAUAAAAAGAAAAAUAAACAAAUUAGUGAAGAAGAUGAUAGGAAAAAAAAUAAAGGAAGUGAAGAUGACGAAAAUAGAAAAAAAACACUUCCUAGUGAUGAAAAAGGAAAAGAUAAUGAGUUAGAAAAUAAAAAAACUAAAGUUGAGACUGAUCGUCUUGAAAAAAAAAAGUUACAAGGAAAAGACACAAAAUUGAAAUCAAGAAUAUUUGAAAAUAUUGAAAUUAAAAAAGAAAAUGAUGAUUCAUUAGGCAAAAAAAAACAAACUGAAGAUGAUACAACAACUAGAAAUUUAAAAGAAGAUAGUGGUAAAGCUGAUAACAAAAAUAAAGUAUGUAAUGAUAAAAAAAAAUCCACUAUCAAGACUGAUAAGAAAAAACCUGUUGUUGAAGAAUUAGAUAAAAAAAAGUUAUCAAAAAUUGAUAAAACGAAAAAAGCAAAAAAAAGUGACAAAUUUGAAAAUGUAACACCAUCGAAAAGAAUAGAUAAAGUUAAUAAAACAACAAUUGAAAAAAAAAUAAGCGUUCAGGAGGAGAAUGAGAAAAAUGUAAAAAGAAAUAAAUUUAGUAAAAAUGGAAAUGGUCAACAAACAGAACCAAGUAUAGAAAUUGUUAAAAAAAAUAAUAAAGUAAGAGGAAAAGAUAGAACUAAAGAAAAAACUGCAAUUCUACAAAAAUCAGCACUUUCAACCCCAAGUCCGAGUGAUGGAUUAUAA